AUGUCGAUUGGCCUACCAACGAAGGAAAAGAUGUAUUAUGUGGAUGAAGAGAACUAUGAUAGUUGGGAUUAUCAGUAUUAUGUGGAUGAAGAGAACUACGAUAGUUGGGAUUAUCAGUAUUAUAUUGCUGAAGAGAAUUAUGAUAGUUGGGAUUAUCAGUACUAUGUUGAUGAAAAGAACUAUGAUAGUUGGGAUUAUCAGUAUUAUGUGGAUGAAGAGAACUACGAUAGUUGGGAUUAUCAGUAUUAUAUUGCUGAAGAGAAUUAUGAUAGUUGGGAUUAUCAGUACUAUGUUGAUGAAGAGAAAUAUUAUAGUUGGGAUUAUCAGUACUAUGUUGAUGAAGAGAACUAUGAUAGCUGGGAUUAUCAUUGGGAUUAUCAGUACUAUGUUGACGAAGAGAACUAUGAUAGUUGGGAUUAUCAGUACUAUGUUGACGAAGAGAACUAUGAUAGUUGGGAUUAUCAGUACUAUGUUGACGAAGAGAACUAUGAGAGUUGGGAUUAUCAGUAUUAUGUUGAUGAAGAGAACGUUUAUAGCUGGGAUUAUCAGUACUAUGUUGAUGAAGAGAACUAUGAUAGUUGGGAUUAUCAGUACUAUGUUGACGAAGAGAACUAUGAUAGUUGGGAUUAUCAGUACUAUGUUGAUGAAGAGAACUAUGAUAGUUGGGAUUAUCAGUACUAUGUUGACGAAAAGAACUAUGAUAGUUGGGAUUAUCAGUAUUAUGUUGAUGAAGAGAACUAUGAUAGUAAGAACUAUGACAAGUAA